AUGGCAUCCCCCAUAUUAUUUGUCAAAAAGAAAAAUGGGAAACUACAUAUGUGUGUGGAUUAUUGGCGUCUGAAUAGUAUGAUCAAAAAGAACGUCUACCCCCUGCCAUUACCACAAAACCUCAUUGAGAAACUACAAGGUGCUAAGAUCUUCAGCAAAUUUGAUCUUAAAGCAGGUUACAACUUAGUCCAAAUCAAAGAAGGCAACAAAUGGAAAACAGCCUUCAAGACAAAAUACGGGCUAUUUGAGUACUUGGUUAUGCCUUUUGGCUUGACAAACGCGCCGGCAGCUUUUCAAGAUAUGAUGAAUGAGAUAUUCAGAGACCUUUUGGAUGUGUACGUCAUCAUAUAUCUGGACAAUAUCGUAGUCUUCUCCCUGAACAAAAAAGAUCACAAAGCUCAUGUGCGGGAGGUACUCAAGAGGCUACAGGACAAUGACCUCUUUUGCAAUAUCAAAAAAUGCCACUUCCAUGUCAAAAAGAUUGAUUACCUAGGGUUCAUCAUAUCUGAAUUUGGCAUAGAGGUCAACCAAUCUAAAGUCACUGAUGCAAUGAAUUGGUCUGUUCCAAAGAAUGUCAAAAACAUCCAAGAAUUCCUAGGAUUUGUAAAUUUUUACAGGCAAUUUAUUCCUAAUUUUGGCAAUAUGGCACAACCCUUGUACAAUCUGCUCAAAAAAGAUAGCCUUUGGAAAUGGGAGUCAGCGGAACAACAGUCUUUUGAAGGCCUAAAGAGAUGUCUUACAUCAGCACCAUUACUGUUACAGCCAGACACAACAAAACAAUUCUAUGUAGAAUGCAAUGCAUCAGACUACACCACUGGAGCUAUAUUAUCCCAGUGCAACUCUGAAGGAAAAUUGGCCCCAGUAGCCUACCUAUCCAAGUCCUUGUCCCCAGCUGAGAAAAAUUACAACAUCUUUGACAAGGAACUGUUAGCAGUCAUUAGGGCAUUCAAAGAAUGGUGUCAUUUGCUGGAAGGAUCUGAAUUGCCAGUCCAAGUUCUAACAGAUCAUAAGAACUUGGAGUAUUUUUCCACAUCUCAAUCCCUGAAUAAACGUCAAAUCAGAUGGGCCAACUUCUUAGUUGACUACAAUUUCCAAAUUAUCUACAGACCUGGAGCACAAAAUAAGAAGGCAGAUAUCCUCUCACAACGCUAUGAUUUAGUACCCCUUGAAGGGGGGGUAGAGAACCAGGUUCUCCUGAAACCGGAACUUUUUAUUUCAUCUAUUACCCCAGAUCAGGAAAUCAAUGACCUAAUUGGUGAGGCAAUUUACAAGGAUAACCGGCUUAAGGAAAUUUUGGAUAAACUUCAGAACAAGGAAAAGGUCACAGAUUGGGAACUGAAGGAAGGUUUACUAUGGUUUCAAAAGAAGAUAUUCAUACCAAAAAAUGAAACCAUUAGGAACCUCAUUCUAGAAUCUAGGCAUGACAUGUUAGCCGCAGGACAUCCAGGACAAGCUAGAACAUUGGAACUGGUUUCUAGAAAUUACUAUUGGCCUUCCCUAAAAAGGUUUGUCAAUUCCUAUGUCAGCCAUUGUGAAACCUGUAUCCAAGCAAAACCAACAAACCAAGUACCUGUAGGCCUGUUAAAACCAUUGCAAAUUCCGGAACGUCCAUGGGAAGACAUUGCCUAUGACAUGAUUGUGGGACUACCAGUUUCAGAAGGAUUCAAUGCCAUCCUCACCAUUAUUGAUCAAUUUUCAAAAAUGGUAUAUUUCAUCCCCACACAGUCCACUUCAUCUGCCAUCAACAUUGCAAAUUUAUUUGUUACAUAUGUAUGGAAACUCCAUGGCCUGCCCAGAAGCACCAUAUUGGACAGAGGGCCUACUUUCAAUGCCAAGUUUAUUUGCCAUCUGUAUAAAAGACUAGAUAUCAAACCAGUGUACUCUACAGCCUACCAUCCCCAAACGGAUGGACAAACAGAACAAAUAAAACAGGAAGCCAAAAUCUUCAUCCACAUGUUUGGGAAUCAUUGA